UACAGUUUUGGGGCGGUGUCCACUUCCCUACCAUAAUGGCAGAGUCCGAGGGAGAGCCGUCUGCCCGAUUCAAUCAUAUCCUUGCUCCAGUCGGAGGCAAAUCGUAUCUUCUGGGCGGAGAGACGGACAACUUUAAAGAAGUAUACGAGAGAAAUCGUAUAGCUGGUGUGCUUAGAUUAUUUGACCAUUCAGCAAAGCAAUGGGAGGCCGAUCAUGAUAUUAGUAAGAGUGGCAACGAAAAGCCAUUGGGAGUUAGAACGGGCGGAUUUGUUUCUGGAGAAAAGGUCAUUCGGUGGGCGCGCAGACACGGGCUUCGGGAGAUACAACACUCUAAGAAGGUGAACGCGAAUAGACUUUAGUUAUGAAUAAUACAGUUAGGGCACUAUAGUUAUGAAUACUACAGUUAGGGGAUAGGCCGAGGGCUAGGCCUACUACGUUGGGGCGGUGCCCACUUCAGAUAUAGCCUUGAGAUAAUGGGAGAGCCUUCUGCCCGAUUCAAUCAUAUCCUUGCUCCAGUCGGAGGCAAGUCGUAUCUUCUUGGUGGAGAGACGGACCCCUUUAGAGAAGAAGCAGAGAGAAAUCGUGUAGCUGGUGUGCUGAGCGUGUUUGAUCACGAAGCAAAACAAUGGGUGCACGUCGAUCGGUAUAUUGAUGGCGACGAAAAGCCACCUGGAGUUAGAUCGGGUGGAUUUGUUGCGGGAGAAAGGUUCAUCUACUCAUUUGGUGGGCGUGCAGACAAAGAUUUCGGGCGAUACAACACUCUGCACAAGUUUGACACGGAGAGAAGGGAAUGGAUUGCUUUCCCUCCCAGCGUUGUAACGACUGAAACACCGAUGCCGAAGGCCGGUUGCGAACCCGUCAUCAUUGACGACAAAUUGUGUCUUUUUGGCGGUUAUGGGACACCUACUGGUCCGCCUCAGCCUGGCUCAAGUUUCACUUUCGAUGAAGGAGUAUAGUGACAGGGGAAACACGAAUGAGUUUCAUGUAUACAGUUUGAAGAAUGUUGCUGUUCCCCGUUGGAUAUCUGGGAAGGUCAGUGGGGAUAGGCCUCCACCGUGCUCCUACAACACCUUGACACUGGUGGACACCAGGAGAGCUGUGAUGUUUGGAGGAAAUACUAAGACGGGGAGAGUAAAUGACAUAUACGUAAUGACUUUGGAUGGAAUGAAUGUGAAUUUUGAGAAGAUGAAAAAGUAUGGUCCGUGGCCCAAGAAGCGGUCCAGUCAUGCGGCGUGUGUUCUCAACUAUGACCAGGAGUAUCCCCAGUUGCUGAUGACUGGAGGUCUUGAUGAGAACGCACAGGCUCUUGGAGAUCUGUGGCUACUGAGUGUUGAUCAUGGAAUGUGGAUCAAGAUUCGAGAUCAUGAAACAUACCUGCAUCGAUGGCGACCAAGUAUGUCAUGCGUUUCCUGUGCAGAAAAGACGGCAAGUGUAUUGGUGUUUGGAGGAGUAGACAAAGACGGCCACAAACAGUCUCUCACUACUGUACUGGAAUUCAAGCUUGUUGAUAACAGUGGAGAAGUGCCGGAGUGGAUAAUGGACGAUGCUGUUGUUCUGGGAGCCAAUUCAGAUAGAUCUUUGAGUGUUUUUGCCGAGUCUGUACAAGCUGUUGAAGAUGAUGGAGUAUACUUCAUCCCUGAGCUGAACAAAUCUUAUACGUAGCAGUAGCUACACUUUUUCCGAAGUGUCAUUAGUUCAUGGGUGUACCAAGGACGUGAUUAACUAGCUACCUUACCACUUAAAUGCUCUAUGACAAUUAUAAGUUUGUUUUACUAGCUCAUUAACAAUAAUUA